CAUAGUUAGAUUGGAACACCUCCGCCGCCGCAUCAACACACAGCUAGCCACCCUCCCUCUAUGUCUUUUUCUUCUUCUCAACGAACACAGGCCGCGUAUGAGAUUACCCGAGCCGGCUGAAUUAGUUGUCUCGCUCUGGGCAGGAUGGAAAACAUGUGCCAAGACGAGCAGGAAACAAUGUUGUUAUUAGCCAGUUAGCUAGCUGUAGCCCCGCUAGCUGCUAGCUAACUACCUCAAAUUAGUGGGCUGAGUUAGCAUCGUCUAACUCAGCCCACUAAUUUCAAUAGACGCGCACAGCGCUUGGGUGUGUUUGCGCUCUAGCCUCGGCCACUUUGAUAGAUUUACUCAGCGACAGGUUUAUCCACUGACACAUUUCUUGGUUUUGGCAUUCAGCGAGAAAGACAGCUAGCAGGCUAACCAGCUGUGCGGAUCAUCGCUGUUGUGGUGUCACUGCAAUCUGUCGGCUGCACGAGCCACAGUCCGAACCUAGCUCUGCUCCGGGGGAAGUGUCCGCGGCGGCCAUGGCUCAGGAAGCGUUUCCUCUGCACCUUCUGGUGUGGAACAAUCAGUAUCUGGAGCUGGAUGUGGAGCUACAGAAGAAAGAGCAGGAUGCGGAGCGCCUCGAUGCGAGGGGUCGCACCCCGCUGGAGCUGGCGGUGUGUCUGGGCCACCUGGAGUCCGCCCGGGUCCUGCUGAGACACGCCGCAGACCCCACGCACAACAGCGCACAGGGCUGGACCAUCUUGCAGGAGGCGGUGAGCACCGGGGACCCUGAGCUGUGUCAGCUGGUGCUGCAGUACAGAGACUUCAAGAGAGCCACGGAGAGACUGGCGGGCAUCCCUGAACUGCUCAGCAAACUCAGACAGGCGCAGGACUUCUACGUGGAGAUGAAGUGGGAGUUCACCAGUUGGGUGCCUCUGGUGUCGAAGGUGUGUCCCAGUGACGUCUACCGGGUGUGGAAGAGUGGCUCAUGCCUCCGUGUGGACACCACCCUCCUGGGCUUCGAACACAUGACCUGGCUGAAAGGACGACGCAGCUAUAUCUUCAAGGGCGGAGAUGAAGGGGCGGUGGUGAUGGAGGUGGACCACGAUAAGCAGGUGGUGUACACGGAGCCUCUGGUGUUGUCCCCUCGUGACGCGCCCUCCCUCCUGGCAGCCAUGCAGCCGUCGCAGGAGAACACGGCACAAAGACUGACGGCGCCCAUCGUGUCCACGCACCUCAACACACGCAACAUUGCCUUUGAACGGAACAAGUCGGGAAUCUGGGGCUGGCGUUCUGAGAAGAGCGAGGUGGUCAGCGGGUACGAAGCUAAGGUUUUCAGUGCUACCAAUGUGGAGCUGGUGACGCGGUCGAGGACAGAGCAUCUAUCAGAUCAGGACAAAUCAAGAAGCAAAGGCUCAAAGACUCCUCUGCAGUCCUUCUUGGGGAUUGCUGAACAGCACACAGCUCACAAUGGGAGCAACGUGUCACAGUGUGCCAGUCCUCACAACCCCACCGCGAUCACAGCCGAGGAGUACUUCAACCCAGAGUUCAACCUGAAUGGCCGAGACAUCGGACGUCCCAUAGAGCUCACCAGCAAAGUCCAGAGGUUUAAAGCUACUCUGUGGCUGAGUGAGUCUCACCCUCUGUCCCUGGCCGAGCAGGUGACGCCCAUCAUCGACCUCAUGGCCAUCUCCAAUGCUCACUUCGCCAAGCUGCGUGAUUUCAUAACUCUACGCCUGCCACCAGGAUUCCCUGUUAAGAUAGAAAUUCCCCUGUUUCACGUGUUGAACGCCAGAGUGACGUUUGGGAACCUGUGUGGCUGCGAUGAGCCGGUCAGCUCGGUGACGGUUCAUACACCAGAGAGCUCUGAAGAGGCUGGCCAGUGUACCCCUCCCAUCCACUGUGAGGUGGACCCCUCAGUGUUUGAGCCCCCUCCAGACUACACCACCCUCGGUCCAGGCCGUACUGAGCCAAUGAGGGACGAGGAUGACAACCUGCUGCAGUUUGCCAUCCAGCAGAGUCUGUUGGACGCCGGUACAGAGAGUGACCAGGUGACCAUCUGGGAGGCCCUGACCAACAGCCGCCCGGUGCCACCUUCUCCACUCUACGAGGAUGACUCGCUGGAGAGGGCGAUCCAGGAGUCUCUGUCCGUCUCACUGACCAGCAGGGAGGAAGAGGACACGGCCGAGCCCAGCCAGCCCACCUCGGUCUCCCCACUGGAACCCACCGCCAAUUCCCUGCUUUCAUUCAGCACGGCGACCUCGCCCCAGUUGCCGGGCCACUUUGCCGAGGUGGCGAGCUUCGACGAGCAGCUGCGUAUCGCCAUGGCGCUGUCGUGCAGGGAGCAGGAGGAGACGGACAGGAAGCAGAAGGAGGAAGAGGAGGAGCUGGAGCGGAUCAUACAGCUGUCACUCACCGAGAAGUAAUGUAACAGCAGCAACGGGGGCGGGUCUUUAGUGGGGGAACAGUCCUCUUUAAUUUAUUCAGUUUAUUAUAAUUUUUUUUAAUCCUGAGAUAUUAAGUUAUUGCAUAUAUUUGAUAUGUCUUUCACACACACACACACGAGGGCUGCUACAGAAGAUCGGACGGGACCAGAGCAAAAGAAAAUGUCAGUGAAGCAGGCGGGAGGGAUGAAAAGAAAAAAGAACAGAUACGGAAACACACUACAGCAAAGGACGAGACAAAAGGGAGAUUAUUUGUUUUUCCUUUUUUUUAUUGACUAUUUUUCACAUUCUUGCUGUCUUUGAGUCAUAAAUGAUCCUGAAACUUUAAACCUAUGAAAUGAUAAUGAUGAAAUAAGAAAAGGAAAAUACAAUCUUAAAGGAAUAACCUAUGAAGAUAUGAUUAUAAUAUUUAAACAUUUAUGUUGGCUUACUCCUAUGUGUGAAAAAUAAAGGAUAAUGAACAUCCUGGAA